UAAUGGGUUGAUCAGGAUCCCACACAUUGUUUGUGAACCAGAUUAAAGGCACGGACGUCCUGCCAGACCAGGCUAAAGGACAAAUUUUCAAUUCAAAUCUGACAAAUGAAGUUAUAAACUUUAAUAUUAGAUUAUUGAAACUCCAUAUGACCCAACUUAGGGUAAAGAAGCAAUGCUUUCUCAAGUUCACAUUUAAAGAAAAGAAUACAGAAAUUUAUAGUACUCAGACUAGGACUACCAAUCUGAACGAGAAGAGUCCUAUUUUUGACCUGAACUGAGAGUUUGAGCACAAUUCCACUCUAGAAGAUCUUGAGAAAGGGCAUCUCGAAAUAUGCUUGUACCCUCUCAAUGAUCAUAAUGAGAAGGAACCUAUCUCUGUAGUGAUGAUUGAUUUUCUAGCUUUGGCAUUUGGGCCAUCUCAUCACUCCAUAAAGUUCUUCACUAAAAAUAAGAGAAAUUGUAUUGGUAUCUUACAGUACAAUAUUCAUUUUGAGCAAGUCUGUAAGACAAAAAUUUCACUAAAGACAAUGCAAAUAAAAGUUCUCUCUAUCAAGAAAGAGCUACCUAUCAGUUGUAGCUUCAAGUUAAUCAAGCCUGACACUAAGUAUGACAGUUCGAUGUCUGGCUCCAAGAUUGGGAAAUAUGACACUUGUAAAAAGAGGACACAAGUUGAUUUCAACUUCAUGGCACAUAACUCUGGAGGUCCUACUCUUUCAACAGUAUCUACUAUGGAAGAUCUCAUGGCAUCAUCACUCCAAGUACUAGUCUGGAAAGAUAGCAGAACAAUGAAAGGGAAUGAAGGAAUCAGAAGCGUUAUGACUAAGAACCUUAGUUCAGCUCUAGACCUUAAUUCAGUAGAUAUUCACUUUGGGAAUAGCUACUCUAGUUCUUCUGAUGAAAAUUCGUCAGGAGAAGGAUCUGCAAACUCUUCAGAAGAAGAGUUGAAAAGUGAAGUAGCAGAUGAACCUUCUAGCGAAAUGGCAACUUCACAAGAAGGUUCAGAAGACGAUGCUAGCCAGGGAUCAGAUGAUGAUGUCUCCGAGGGUAGAGAUACAGUGAGCUCUGAUCAUGGUGAGAGGUACGAGUUACUAGGAGAAACUCAUAUCGAAUUUGCAGCUAUCCUCAAAAAUAUAAUCCAAUUUGUAGACAGACUUGGAAAGGGAGUAUUGGCUGAAGAUAGUGGAACUAUCAGUAUUGGCCAAACAAGGAGAAUAGAAAUUACCGUAGAUGAUCUCAAAUGUAAUAAAUGGGAUAUAAAUAAAGAGGACCUUUGGUAUUUCGGUCGUAAAAUCGGUGAAAUUAGUCUCAAAAUUGAGGCUAAUAAUCUCCCAUAUGUAAGGCAACUUCCUGCUGGAGUAUUAACUGAAAAAGGUGUCAGAGCAGCUUCAGUAAGGCAUGUCCAGGAGUUUGCAUCAGACGGAGCUGCUAAAAAGCAUCUCCCUGAAACGAUGAGAGAUGCACUUGAUUAUCUUGCUGAUUUUAAAAAGAGAGAUUGUAAGAAAGGGGGCAAUGAAAGAGUCCCAUUAUCGAGAAUGGAAACUAUUUGCAAGGAAGUGAUCACUUGCUUAAAGCAUACUACGAAAACCUCCAUCGUAUACGAUGAAUAUGUCAGUGUAGCUGCAGAAAUGAAAGCUCAAGAAAUACUCAUCAACUUGGCCGGCCACUGUUUAACUUACGUUGACUUUGUCGACCCUAGGUUAAAAGGAAAAUAUUUCGAGAUUAUAAGUCUAGUUUUCCAUAGAGGAGAACUUGAUUUGAAUCAGAUUGGAAUUUUGAGAUCAGAAGGAAAAGAUAAUAAUAGCAAGAUUAUAAAAGAGAAGAAAAAGCUAAUGCCGAGCUACCAAUUUUUAAUAUACGAAGCUCUCAACUUCAGUAUCGACAAGCUCACCAGAAAGGCAGUUGAUUUCUACAGAAGAGAUUGCAUUGUGUUUUGAAUUGCUAUUUCAUAUUUUAAGAUUCCUGAAUUUAGAAAAUCAUUCCUUGAUGCUAUCAGCAUGAAGCCCAUCCCUGAAAUUGAAGAACUGAGAAGUAUUGAUAUAAACCGUGAAAAUGACGAUAAUGCUCAUAAGGCUUACAUCGAUGAGUUCUUCAAUUGGAAGAAAUACUUCUAUGAUAAGAUUCCUGAAUCUCCACAAAAGAAAAAGAACAUGGAAAUCAUUGCUAAGAUCCUAGCUGAGAAGAGAUGGGAGGAAAAACUUGGAAAACGAGGUGUUGCCUUCUUUCUGAUAGCUGCUCGGUGGGCAGAAUAUGCCAAGACUAUUGCUGUUGAUGAAAAAAUAGAUUGGUUCGAUAUCCCAGGGUACUCAAUUAUUCUCAAAGCUGUUCUCACUGAGUUCAAAGAAAGGAAGAUAUCCGAAUACCCAGAUGCCUUAGUUGAUGCUACUUGAGCUUUAAUAGCAGAUGAGAAGGUUCUAAGAGCGUUCAUUGAAAUUAUUUUUGAGAAGACAAAUAUUCAUAUACCAUCUAAUGUAAACAGAACCUUGGAUAUUGUGGAAAAAUGGUUCCACAUCAUUGCCCAUGAUGAGAAGAGAUUCCCUGCAAAUUUUGAUGAUAACUUCUUCUACAAAGCUAUUGAUAUGCUGAUAAAUUAUGAACAUGCUGUGUCAACACCAAAAUGAUUAUGGCUAAUGUACAAGACAUUCCAUAUUUUCCCUCUUCAUAUGCAAAAGAGAUUGGCUGAGAUGCUCUUCAUCAAAAAGUUCAACAAGCUGUUCUUCAGUUGGUCUUGGAACAUCAGAACUGUGUAUUACAAGCUAUACCUUUAUCAGCUGCAACAUGUUUUUGGUAAAGGGCUUGAAAAUGACACUCCAGACGAGUCGCAAUCUAAAAGAGUCAAGAGAAGUAAAUCUAGCGCCAACUUUAGAUUCGUAAAGUUGGAACUAAUCACAAAAAACAUGACUGGAAACAAAACCACAAACAAACAAUCUCUGUACGAAGAUGAAAACAAAAGAAUCAAGGAACUAGUCCAGAUAGCUCAUAGCAGACAGCUGAUUAUUGAUGAGUACCUGAAAGAAUACCAGGCUGAAGAAAAACUUGAUUAUAGAGAAUAUGUAGAUGAUACCUCUGAUGAAGAAGACAGUGAGAAUGACACUAUCCAUGAGUCUAAAAUUGCUCACUUGAUCAAAGAAAUCCCAGACAAAUAUAAGCACUAUGUUAAUGACUCUAUCAAGGACUUCCUAGAAGAACAAAAGCUCUAUGAUAAAUGGGAAAAAGGAGAAAAAGAUGAGGAGCAAGAUGAUGGCCUUCCAGAAAUCGAACUCCAAGCUGUCCUUGAUGAGUCAGAAAAUCCAGAUGUCGACCUUGAUGGCAACGACGGAUGGUAGUUUCCAAUAAUUCAUAUACUAAGAGUUCAAUAC